AUGACUAGGAAGAAAGUGAAGCUUGCUUUUAUAACCAACGACUCAGCAAGGAAAGCAACAUACAAGAAAAGGAAGAAGGGUUUGAUGAAGAAGGUGAAUGAGUUGAGUACCUUAUGUGGAAUCGAUGCAUGUGCCAUCAUAUAUAGCCCAUAUGAAGCUCAACCCAAGGUAUGGCCCACAAAUAGAGGCGUCCAACAUGUGGUUUCUCAGUUUAUGAGGAUCCCUGAGAUGGAGAGAAGCAAGAACAUGCUGACACUUGAGAGCUUCAUCAGGAAACAGGUGACAAAAACCAAUGAGCAGCUCAAGAAGCAGAUGAAGGAGAAUUGGGAGAAGGAGAUGACUGAGGUCAUGUAUCAAUGUUUGACUGGAAAAGGUUCGAUUACAAAUUUGAGCCUCCCUGAUUUGAAUGAUCUAGGUGGAUUGGUGGAUCAAACCCUAAAACACAUUUCCAGAAGGAUCGAGUCCCUUAAAAAACCCAUUUCUGGUAAAGCUGUAGCAGCAGCUGAUGUAACGAUGCUUGCACUUGAGAAACGAGAUAUGACAGUGGAUAAUGUGAGUGGUUAUAUGGAUGGGAUGCAAAGGGGGACUCAAACUCAAUGGUUUACAGAUUGGAUCAACAAUCCAUCUGAACAUAAUUUGGGCCUUGCUUCUGGAUAUUCCAUCACUCAAUUGGCUGAUAACCCUAAUCCUUUAUGGCCAAAUUCAUAUUUUCCAUAA